AACUGCCAAUCAACCUAUGUGCCUCCACACUCAAGAGAAAGAUCAGCGCCUGUCCGCGCCAGCCACAUUACAUUAGAGGAAGAUUCAGAAGAUAACUACAAGAAUGCCCUGAUGAAACAGGGAAAAGAUUAGCUCCUGUUCAAAUUCGCAAACAGGAGCUUGAAGAGAUUGAACAACAACAAUUUGAAGAGAAGCCACUAUGCAAUCUCCAGUCAUAAGACAUCAUAACCUCCAGUGUAUCCCCUUAUCAAAAACUUCACACCGAACCGCCGCGCCGCCACCAAUCCAAUCCCUUCUCAACCGACCAGACUCUGAGUUCCGCGUUAUCCGAAACAGCGGCCCUUUACCAAUGGGAACUGCUUCUGGAAAGGGGGGGCUAAUGUGGCGGGCUGCGCCCGAUCAAUCAUAUAGACUAUUCUGUUACACUCCACAGAUUCUACGUACGCUCCGAUCCUCGGCCAUUCUCGAUUGCUGAUCCUCGGCCGCCACCCCGAUCAAUCAUAUAGACUAUUCUGUUACACUCCACAGAUUCCACGUACGCUCCGAUCCUCGGCCAUUCUCGA